CUCCCCUCGGCGGUAUCGACGACGUCAUAAACCGCGGUUCGUUCCCCUUUCGUAGUCGCAGGAGAAACAGAAGCAGAUCCCCGGGAAAGGGGACGGCGGGGAAGGGAGAGAGGAAGACGUGCGACGAGCGAUGCGGCUGUGUUCGUGCUUCGGCCCUUCGAAGGCCGAGAGGCGGGAGGCCGAUCGGCUCGAGGCGGAAGAAGCCCGCGCCAGAGCCGCCGAAGCCGCUCAGAAGAGGCAGGAGCAAUUUGACAAAUCGGCCGCCGGGAGGGCAGCUCGAGCGCAGAUAGCGGCAACAAAGAAAUCCAGCGAGCCGAGCAAAGGAGAACCUGUUCUCAAGUGGCAGAUGGGAUGAUCACUCUCUUUUUGUGGAUAAUUAACAGCAAAGUCGUAAAGUAAGUAAGGAAUGGAGUGGUGGAAACGUGCGUCUUCUUAGUUCAGAAUAAAGGUCUUGAGGAUAAAUUCACUUCACAGAUCUCGUUCGGAUAAGUGUAUGGCUUUUCCAUCUGUACUUAUUAGAAACCAUGUGUUUGUUUCCUCUUUUUGUUCUCGGAAGCCAUGAACUUUCCAACCAGUUGUUAAUAGUAUUUUCGAUGCCUUGGCGUAAAUAUUCAUGAAAAAUCAAGAAUGGGUUUGUUUUUCA